UGAAUCGAAUCUGCAGACAUUCACUGAUGAUUCAUUUGUAGUCAAAAACAUUAGCAAAGAAUUUUAUGAUCGUUACGGGAGAUCAAAUAGAGCUCGAAAACGAUUUUAUUCAUUAAUCAGACCGAUAAAAGUUGAUGUAUCAUUCGACGUGAAUGAAUCGGAAAACGAAUAUCUGCUUAAAAUUAGUGGCCCAAAAUCGGAAAUUGAUAAAGCAACAAUGUUAGUGAAACAAGCUUCACAACAGCUUAGAAAUCGUUUCACUCAUCUGAUAACGAUUCCAUUUUUGCAUGAUGAUUUUAUAAAAGCAUAUCUGGAUUUUAAGGAAAAAAUAUUGAAUGAAAAUUCCGAUAUUGAUGAAUGUUUAUUUCAAAAUCCUAAAAAAUUACAUAUGACAAUUUCAUGUCUUUCAUUAGAAGAUGAUAAACGAUUAACCGAUGCUCGCGAAAUAUUUAAAAAACAAUGUUCGGAUUACAUUGAAAAAUUUAAUAAUGUUAAUAAUUUUGAACGUCGAUUACAAAUCAAAGCAAUCGAUAUUAUGAAUGAUAAUCCUCGACGAACAAAUGUAUUGUAUGCUAAAAUUGAAAAUGAUAAUUUACAAAAUUUAGCCAAUCAUAUUGCUAAUGUUAUGGCUACGAAUGAAUUUCUAUACAGUGGUGAUAAAUUUGCCAAUGAAUCAGAUCAACAACAACAACAAGUUAAAUUACAUUUAACAUUGAUGAAUUCAUCAUAUUUACGUAGAGGUUUUAAUAAAAAACGUAGAAAACCAAUGAUGAGAUAUUUUGAUUCGACUGAAAUAUUAAACAAUUAUGGUGAUUAUUUUUUCAGCGAAAUUGAUUGGCCACCAAUUCAAUUGAAUGAAUUACAUCGAACCAAUCAAUUUGGUUAUUAUAAUGUUUUAGAAUCGAUACAGAUUUGAUAUUGAUAAAUAAAUAUUUGAAAAAAAUAAAUAUUUUGAAAAAAAAUCAAAAGAUGUCGCUUUUUUCAAAGAAAUU